CUUUAGGUUUAUAACGUCUACCACAACAACAUUCACUUCCCUCACUUUCCUCCUCUCGCCGCACAGCCAACCUUCCAAACUCCCACUCUCGGUCACUGCCACCUCUCUCUCUCUCUCUCUCCGCAAGUAGCAAAACACAGAGACUAAUUAUGAAGGAAUUUAUUUUAGAGCAGUGGUCAUUAAUGAGUCAAUGUGAGCUUGGCUAAGAUUCUAUGGUUCCUGCACAACCAGUGAUGGAUAUCAAACCAGAUUGUAAACUGCAAAAUUCCACUAACAUUGUGAUUGAUAGAGAGAAUAAAAAUGUCCAGGAUACAUCAGAUGGUCUGGGUUUAAGGUGCAAGAAUGAAUGUGAGGAAACUAUUAAUCAGGUAAACACUCUGUUGGAUGGAAAAGCUACAAUUCCAAAGGACUUUGAGGAUGUUGAAGUUGAUAUAGUUACGUGUACAAAAAUUAAUGAGACCAAAUCAGCUUUAGUUGAAGAUCCUGAUGCAACUGAAUAUUCAAGCUCAUUUGCCGACACUACUUCUGAUCCUGAGAAAUGUUCUGGACUAAGCGAAGCUGAAAUGGAAUCACAGUUUUUUGGUGACAGUGAUUUGGCAUCGCCAUUUGAUGAUGCAUUUAGUAGCAUCUUUCAGACAAGGAAGAAGAAGUUAACAAAUCAUUGGAGGAAUUUUGUUCGUCCUCUAAUGUGGCGCUGCAAAUGGACAGAACUGAAAAUCAAAGAAAUUAAGUCUCAAGCAUCAAAAUAUGCUAGAGAAAUUGCAGCAUGUGAACAGAAGAAGCAUUCAGGAAUUUAUCAAUCUACAUUUGAAGGUUUUUGUUCAAAGUCCCUGCCAUUUUCAAAUGAGUGUUACAGAAGAAAGGCUGUAAAGAGGAGGAAACGCAAGAGAGUUGAAGACACAAAUGAUGCAGCAUCAUACAUGACUCAUCAUAACCUUUUUUCUUAUCUGGAAAACAAGAAAUCCAAUCCAGAGGGCACUUCUAUGAUUGAUGAUUUUAGCAAUACAGCAAUCACAGACCAACAUGUUGAUGGCAAUGAUAAAUCUGGCGUUGACAAUGACGAAAUGUUUAUUGAGUUUGGAGAUGGUAAUAAAUCCUUGGAGCAGGUCCUUCGGAAAAUUGAAAUUGUGCAUUCUCGGGUUCACAAGCUGAAGAAUCAACUUGACAUGUUGAUGUCAAAGAAUGCCUCCAAGUUUUCAUCCUCGGAGAAUCUGAGUCUUCUUGCAGCAUGUGAUGCACAGACUAGCUCUGCUCCUAGUCCUACAUUCUCUGCUGGCAAUGGAGAAACUAUAUCAGCAGGAGCUAUUUAUCCUGCAACUCAGAGUAUUCCUGGAUAUGAUAUUGGAGAUCUGGUUAUGCCUGAAAGUGCCAUGUCUGGUUUUGGUGAGGCUGUUCAUGUGCCUGAUAUUAUUGAAAGCACAGUGGGACUUUUGUCUGAUGCUGAUGUUACCUUCCAUCAGCCACAAAUUGGAGAUUCAAGCGAAAAUAUUGUGGAUAAUGUCCUGAUACAAAAUCAAGCAGCUGAAGGAGAGCAAGACACGUUCAUGGCGACAAAUGUUCAACUCAUCGAAAAGCAUCAUGAACCAGAGAGAGGUGAAGAAGGAGAAAGCAGCGAUCCUUUUCUAACUCCAAAAUCCGAACCUGAUUCAAUGGAAAAAAACAUGGGGUCUCAGGGGCAAUCAGUUCUCAAAUCAUGUUUGGCCUCCGAUCUCCAAAUUCCCAGAAACAAGAGAAAGCGAGGGGAACGAAAAGCUGGUUCAGGUGGUUGGAACAAGAAAUGCUCAGGUGAGCCUGAUAGCCAGUGAUAUGUUCAAAUUCUUUAUCGUUACUGGCUCUACAAGUUUCCAUCGCACAAUUUUCAAGCUGCUGGAAGUGGUACUCUGUGCACAAGGCAGAUGAAGUACCUUCACCUCGUUAAUGAACUUGUAUCCUAAUAAAAUUCAGUCCAAUAGUAGCAGCAUGUAGCAGGUAGCAGAACUUACUAGUUAAGAACAGGUAGUUUGUUUGAUGCCGCAAAUAGGAUCAGUCCCGGAGCCUAACUUGUAUGACCACACGUCCUCUGUACAUUAGGUAUGCACUUUUUGUGCUAGAUUUAGUUAGAAAUCACAUGGAAGGAGUUGAUAGAUUCUGACAAUUGGUUUGCAUUUUUGUUUUUAGUGAUGUCACUGUAAACGAUGGUUGUUUGUAUACACACAAAUACAGAUAUCUAUCUAUCUCCUUAGCAGAUUUGUUGAGA